CGAUCUCACAGCUCGUCCUCGUUCGGCCUCGGCUGCAUCGGAGCGCCACUUCUCCCCAGGUUCACCAGAGGAAACAUCACUGCACAAAAUGCUUCUCCUCCCAGCUGCUGCUCUGUGCUGUCUGUGUUCAGCGCUGGUUGCCAUGGCAGCAGAGCUGAUUCAGGAUGAUUUAACAUUGACCAGGAGAGUUGGUGAAAAAGUCUCCUUCAGCUGUCGAGGAACUCAACAGUGUUCCAGUAAUUAUGUAUUCUGGUACCAGAAGAAAGACACAGAAACAUUCAGAGUGAUUCUUGAUAUUGACAGGAGUAGUGGUCAAGUUGAUUCAGGUUACAAUCAUCCUCAGAAAGAUGAUUUCUCAGCUGUGAAUAAACAGAACGGCUGUGAGUUGCAGAUCAAGUCAGUUAAACUCCAUCAUUCAGCCUCCUACUACUGCAGCUGUUGGAUCGGAGGAAACAGCUACCUCAUCUUUGGCUCUGGAACUAAACUGUAUGUAACAGAUGAGCCGGUAGCGAAGCCCGUGGCGAGCGUGUACCCGGCGGCGCCCGGAGCCCGCCUGGAGGGCCGGAGCGCCCUGCUGUGUCUGGCCUCGGCCAUGUUUCCCCCUGUGGUCCGGUUCUCCUGGAAAAGACGAAAGGAGAACGGUCCUCUGGAGGAGCCGCCCCCCGCUGAGACAGAGCAGCUGGAGCUCAGAGAGUCGGGACGCGCCGCCGCCAUCUUGCUGAUCCAUCAGCCGGAGAACAGCACAUAUGAUUACAUCUGCUACGUCCAGCACGAGGGGGGCAAAGCGGAGGCCCCACCUGUACCAGGUAAUGAAGGCUGGAGGCUCCAGCUCCAGCAGCUUCCCGUCCUCCAGAGAGAGAGCCGACAGACCUGCCGGCUGUGCAGCAAGCUGACUUGUCAGUGUCAGUGUCAGUGUCCUUCCAGUCUCAGUGCAGGGUGAAGCUGCUCUUGCUGCUGUACUCAGUGCUGAUAGUGAAGAGUCUGGUGUACUGCUGUGGACUCUCUCUGCUGAUGAUCCUCAGAAACAAGGGACCGUCCACCAACUGCACACAUGCUGACUGACUGUUUCCUGCUCGCCUUUCCUCGCCAUCAGAUCUCAUCCCUUCAUCUCAUGCGUCGUCCUAAACGUACAAAUACAUAUACACACACAUAUAUAUCUGCAGUUACUGAGUGUAUAUUCUGUGGUAAAGUGUUAUUUUGAUCCUCUAGUUUAUUUCUGCUUUGAAUUGUGACUUUUAUAAUAAUAGAAAAUGAAGCUGAAUCAUUGGCUGCCUGCUACAGAUUUUAUUGUUUGUGGUAUUUUUCUGUUCUUGUCUUUCUUUUUAAUACAUGAUGCAGAGUGUGGCAGGUUUGUCAAAUUCUUUCACUCAAACAUUCUCAAUAAAGAGAAAAAUCACAGCGUGUUUCAUGAACAUCUUUGUUUUCAUGGAUUUCACUUUGGCUUCAGAGCAAAUCACCACAAACAGAAUCAACUUCAUCGGCCAUGUAUGUUGACGGC